UUGGCAAGGUAUUGUUAGCAGAAGUAAAUAAGACUACGUCAGUUAAUUUGGUAGCAGUGAAUUGUGUUUAGGUAGCUUUAAUAUGUUUGUCGCAUAAUUAUAUUAGUAAAUAUGAAGUAUUAUAAUUAUCUUAGUGUUAUUCUGAUUUUAAUUUAUAUUUUUGAAUGCAAUUAUUCUUUAAAUGUAGAAGAACUAAAACCGUUAAAUUAUGAAGUUGAUAUUCUACAAACUCCAAUUAAACGAGGAGAAGAGCCUUCAGUUCCUGUUGUUCAUAUGACUUCAAUGUAUGGCCAAGAAUAUUCUUGUACACUUCCUCAAGUUGAAGAAGAAGAUUCAUCAGAAAAGAUUCCGGUUGAUGAAAAAAGUACAGAUAUUAAAGAGCUGUUAAAACCAAUGAAGACAGGAUCAUGUCUCUUAAAAGGGAAAGAUUGGUGGACAUAUGAAUUUUGUUUUGGACAUUAUAUUAAGCAGUUUCACAUUGAAGAUGGCCAAAUCAUUGGACAAGUUAUUACAUUAGGUUUAUAUGAUUCUGAUUAUGAUUGGAGCAAUGACACUGAUGAGGAUAAAUUUAAACAUGUGAAACAACGAUAUCAUUCACAGUAUUAUGUAAAUGGAACAAAAUGUGAUUUGACUGGACAUCCACGUAGUGCUGAAGUGCGACUCUACUGUGAAGAAGAUGCUGGGGAUUACAUUUAUCGUGUUGAUGAACCAGGCACAUGCAAUUAUGUUAUUACAGUCCAUACUUCCCGUUUGUGCUCACAUCCUCAAUUAAAACCUUUGCCUGCAAAGAAAGCAUACUCUAUACCUUGUCAUCCUCUACUAAAUGAAGAACAGUAUUCUAGUUAUAUGAAAAAAUUAAAUGAAGAAAAAGAAUUAGCGGAUCGGAAACGGAGCCAGUGGUUAAAUAGUCAGCAAGAACGUUUACAAGAGAUGAAAAAUGAAAAUAUGCAUAACAUUGAAAGUAUUGAGAAACAGAAAAUGUCAUUAAAAAGUGAGGCUGAAAAAGAGAAAAAUCCCAUUCAUGACAAAUCAGAAACUGAUAAAUCUGAUGAGAGUUCUUCAAGUGAGGAGAAAAAAAGUUCAUCUGGUAAAUCAAAUGAAGCAAUUGUUGAAUCGUAUUUAUUUCAAGAGUAUGAUAGAGAAUUAGAAAAACUGAAAUCAAUCCUUCCUCCGGAGAAGUUCUCUAUACUCAAAAAAAGCAUCCAAAAGCAUUUUGAUGCUAUAUUAGACGAAGCUGAGGAAGAUGAAAGCUCAGAACUUUCAGAAGAAGCUAAAGAUUUGUCCUAUCAAAAGCUUACAAAUACUCUAAACAUGCUUUUAAAAAAGUUGGACAAAGCUGAGAAAGAUGUUGUAGAAGCUACAAAAGAAUUAAAUAAAGUGAAAUCAGUUAUUACUGAAACUUCUGAAGAAGAUACUGAUGAAAAAAGUAAAGAUUCCAAGGGUGAAAAAAAUGAGAAAAAGGAUUCUUCGGUUGAUGAAGGGCCUUUAAAAACAAUUGAAACGAUUGACAAGCAAACAUCAAUUGUUGAUGACGAUGAACUGCAUGUACGAAUUCAAAGACUUGAUCGCAGAUCCAAAGAUCCAGAUGGGAAAAUGUAUGAAAUGGAUACUGCACAAAGGAAAAAACUUGAGCAGGCAGUAAAAGAAAGGUUAGAGAAAGCUGGAUUAGAUACUGGAGGCCGAAGAAUUGAAGUGAAGAUAAUAACUGCUGGGUAUUAUGAUAAUGAGGAAGGAAAGGACUUUCAUACACUUUCUGAUGAAGAAACCAAUCAAUUCCAAAACAUGAUUAUGGCAUUACUGACUGGACAACAGGAAGCUGUUCAAGAGAUGGAAAGACAGAAAAAAUUAGAAACAAAUUAUAGAUUUACAUGGAAUGAUGAUAAAGAAGAAGAAAAAGAUGGUUGAAUGUCUGAUUGCAAUUAUAUAGUAGAAGAAGUGAAACCUGUUUAAUGCACAUAAUGCUCAGUCCUAUUAUAUGUGAUCACCUGCAAACGAAAACAAUUUUUUGUUACUUAAAUUAGUAAUUUAUUGUGAACAAUAUAGUUUUUGUGAGGUCUUGUACAUAAUUUAUUGUGAUAGUCAAAAAAUAAACACAUUGUUUUUACUGUG